ACCCCGCGUUACCAUUUCAGGCCGCUACUCCCCACCUCCCCACCUCUCUCCCGCCCCGACUGCAUCCUUUAGUAGCCAGGCUGGACAAGCCUGUCGCCGUUUAAACCUGGAGGGAAGGACGCGUCUCCAUUGUUACACCGGACGGAGAAACUGACCCCUCCGUCGACACCCCUUCUCGUCGAGCCCACGAAAGGAGCGACUGUGUGUUUCUUCCCGAGUCGCCGAUUGAAAGGAAACUGCGGCGACCUCAACAUCGGGGGGAGAUGAAACCGAACGAGCUUACCAUGGAUACCUCGGAUCCCGCAGAGCCCACCGAAGCAGCAGCGGCAGAGUCCUCCGUGCCGCAAAACGACACAGUAGAGCAGCCGGAGCAAACCCAGAAUGAUGUUUCGCCCGCAGAUGUCGCCAAGUCCAACGGGGAGGCGGACCACCAAGUCAAACUUGAAGCUGAUGCCUCCAAAAAGCAGUCUUCCACCCCAAAAACACAAACUUCCUCAAGAUCCAGGACCCAACCUUGUGCCGCUGCCUCCCAUCGCCCUGUAAAUAACGUGCAGUCUACUACUAACAACAAUAAAACCGCAGCCAAAUCAUCUGCGGCGGGGGCGGUGCCCAAAAGACCAGUUAGCGUUGCGACGGUUGUGCCCACCGUCAAGACCCCGACCAGGAUGCUCCACAAGAGGCCCGCAGGAAGUGGCCCAUCCAGGACUGCGUCGGGUGCGACUGCAACGUCGGCGACAAAUGGGAGCAGGCCCGCCGCACCCCUCGGUGGAAGUUGCAAUAAGAGGAUGGCCGCUGACAACGUGGACGCAGCUCCAGUCAAAAGUUCCGCUGCGAGCAGACCGGCUGCAUCCACUGGCCACAGACUCUACACUUCAGUUGCUGCCAAAGUUGACAGCGGUGCUGUUCCAAAGUCCAGCAGGCCCGCUUCUGCUCCCUCAUCAGCUCGAAUGGCAACAGCUGCAUCCAGGGCUAGUAGCAGCACCGUUACAACCAGAGCACCCACUAGCGCAGCGGCUGCUUCCUCAGGAUCCCGAACAGUGCCAUUAACAUCGAGAGUUGGUAAUGGUGUUGCAUCCAAGCCGCCCAGCAGUGCCGGUAGCAGAACCGCUCCAUCUCGAGUUACCGCGGUUCCCCCUGCUGGCAGGACCGCAGCAGCACAGCCUCACCCAGCUGCUGCCACCAGGAAGAAAGAUGUCAGUCGACUACCUUCGACUUCAGUCACGAAAGGGCCGGCUGCUCCAUCAGCUGCCACCAAAAAGCCAGAACCUUCUCAACCUGGAGCCACCGGAAAGCCCCCUUCUACCUCCAAAUGGGUCGCGAUUUCCCAAAAAGCGGAUCCCAAGGUGUCGCAGAGUAAAGCGCAACAAGCUGCAAAACCUGGUUCCGCUAAGUGUUACGCUGUGGCCUCUUCCAAGGCUCCAGCAGCGAGCAAGCCAUCCCUGGGAAAAAGCCAGCCUGCGUCUCCAGCUCACAAAUCCACAAACGGCAGAGCGGCGCCGGCGAAGCACCUAACCAAACCCACUCAGGCAGUCUUACCCUUCUCUGCUGGUGUCAAGAAAACCAAAGAUUCCAGAUCCAACCACUCUGUGAGGACACAGAGGGAUGCUGGUGCAGCGCUAACGAGCGCAACACCAGCGCUACAAGUAGCAGGACUAAUACAGUCUGCACUCCAAGAGCCAUCUACUGCUACCUUUGUGCCAGAGAUGGUCCCGCCCCAGGCUUCGACCCGGGACUCGUCGCCAGAGGCGGAACCGCAAGUGACUGCUCGGAACAAUUUGGCUGCUCCCUCUCCCCCGCGGAGCCCCGUUACUCCACCCUUGCCAGAAAUACAACCGCCCCGGCAACAAAGCGAAAGCGACGCUCCUUCGGCGCAACCGGAGCGGGUCGCAACCCCCGUGGAAGUUCCGUCAGCGCCAGAGAUACCCGGUCAGUCUGUUAACGUGACUUCAGAUCAGACGCUCUCCAUAUGCAAACCCGUUACAACAGUCGUAAAGUCAGUCACUCAGGCAGCUCCUCCCAGCCAUCUCAACGAUGAUGAGGACGAAGAGGAAAGGGAGGGAAGCCAGCUGUUGUCGGUCUCCGAAAUGAGCGGGACGACACAAGCGACCGAGGAGUCGCGUCCCGGUUCGGCCGGACUGGUAGGCAGCUCCGCUUGGAGGGCGGGGGUCGCCGUCCCAUCUGAGCUGGACUCGCCGAGCGGGAGCCAGCAGGGGGCGUCGGAGUUGAGUGCUCCCGGCGUCCUGGAGGGCACGGAGAGCAUGGACGAUCUCGGAGAGGGCAGCCUCAAAGGUGCCCUCGAGAUGGAAGGAGCCUCUGCGGGGUCGCCGGACUUUCAAAAAGUUCCUGACAUCCCCUUUAAUGACUACGAGGAGGAUGACGAAGAUAUGGAUGUGGGCUCAGAGAAAACCGACGAGCUGCACAGGCGUAGGCACGACAACGACGUGGAUGACGACGAAGAGGACGAGGACGUGGAGAUGGCGAGCGAAGCGGUAACCGAGAGCGGUCUGGAGAGCUACGGCAACGCCGACGAGGACGACUUUGCCGAGGAAGAAAGACCGGACAACUUAAACAGGUUGGUCCGGCUUCCCCCGCCUCCUCGGCUCCCGUCGGCUCCGGGUGCUCAGUGGUACCAAGUCAACCCGUUUGCCGACCCCUGGGAAGAGCAAGUUCGACUUCCCCAACUGCAGCAGCAGCUCCCCGAACCGGUCUCCCAGCCCGCCCCGGUGGAAGCUGCGCCGAGCCCACCGGUAGCCCCGCUGCGAGCAGACUCGGAGGCAGCAUCCCAGUCUCCCGCUCAGGCUCGUCUGGAAACGAGCUCUGAUCCUCAUCUUCCUGAAAGCCGAGACGAGUCUCUGUCUUCCACUCUUAAGGACGGGGCCAAAAUGGCCACCGAACAGCGUAUUGCGGGGCCGACUUCAUUCCCUGUAAGCGGCGAGAGCGUCACUCCAGAGGAACUUGGUGAUGGACGUGACACAUUUCAAGAAGCCCCCGUCACCUCUCCCCAGCCCGAUGCGGUCGCCCGUAUGGCGAGCGGUGACCAGGAGUUUAAAGCCCUGACCAUGCCGGCGGACGAGGUUUUAAGAGGCGUAGUAUGCGCUCUCACUUCCAACCCUUCGUCGACUUCCGUGACGGAGGAUGAAGCCAGCGACACGGAGGGCGAAGCGCUACUUGAUGACCCUUCGGAGUUGAAGAAGAACAGAACCUUCGAGGUCCAGCCAUCCGCACAGCGUGGACUCUCCACCGUCGAAGAAGCGGAGGAGUCCGAGGCGACCGGUCUGACCGACGACGCCACCCCGCCUUCGGCGACCUCGCUGGCGUCCUACGGCUUCGACUCCGCAACCACGGCCUCCAACGCCCAGUCCGCCGGCGAGGGCCGCAUCAAGAGCCCGGGCAUCUUCUCUCUGGAAGAGCUUCCCGAGGAAUCCAAGGAGCUCUGUGACCAAGCCCGAUCCGGCCUCGCAGAGCAGCAAUACAUCGAGUGCGCUCAUCGGGAAGUAGGUUGUACGGAGCGAGAGCAAGGGUCGGAAGCGCCGGCUCUGAACGAGAAGCCUGAAGACGGCCACCCUCCGUAUUAUUCUGCAAUCUGUGAAAAGACUGACAACGCUUUUGCAGGCCUGACCCCGCAACAUCAUCAUCGCCACGGAGACCAUCGCGGCACAACGCCCCGUCUGACUUGCGCGGACCUGCCCCCCCGCAAGGCCGGGCAGCAGGCGCUCAGCCCCCAGCUGCGGCGCCUGGAGCAGCACCAGAGGCAGCUGAUGGAGAUGCAGCAGCGGCGGGAGCAGCAGAGCAGACCCCUGGAGGGGGCCGAGCAGGAGAGGAAGAGGACGGAGGAGGAGGAACGGAGGAAAAAGAAGGACGAGGCGGAGGAGGAGAUCAAGAGGAACGAGCGAGAGGCGUGCGAGGAAAUGGAGGAGGGCGAAACGGGAGAUGGGAGUGGCCAAUCGGUUACUGAGGAAGUCAAAGUCAUCAAUGGGGAGGGCAAAACGUCUGCUGAAGAAGAGGCACAGAGGCGCGAGCUGGAGUUGCGACUGCUGCAGCAACAGUCCGAGCUGAAGCAGUGGCAGCGAGAACCGGAGGAGCAGCCGUCUUCCAGUCGAGCCGUGGUCCUGUCCCCCUCAUCGGGCCUGUGCACCAUCUACGAAGCCCUGGAGAACAGCGACGAAGAGCCGGACGGCCGCCGUGCCGAUCGCGGCUCUCGGGAGAGGAGGUUGUCGGGGCGCUUGAACGAUCCAAAGGAAAUCUCCAGCAACGGGGACCGCUCAUCCCCCUUGGACUUGGACUGGGGCGCCAAAGUGGACAUGGUGCAGCAGCUGAUCAAUCAGACAUUGCUGCUCAACGGAGAUGGCUGCUCCUCCCUGCUGCUUCUUCCGGGGGGUGCGGGGGGCACCCUGAGCCCCCUGGAGAGCAGCCUGUGGCCCAACCUCCUGCCUCCCAUCAGCCCCCCCUCGGCCACAGUGACUUCUGUGAGCAGCUUCUCCCCGGAGGCCGCCGGAAGCUCCCCUCAGGGGGAGUGGACAGUCGUGGAGCUGGAGACGCAUCAUUAAGACUCCACGGGUACUCCUUUCACACAGAGUUGCAACCAGUGCUGGUUUCGUAUCUGCUCGAUCAUUUUGUCGGUGCUCGUCGUCAUGAGUGUGAGCUGAAGUCCAUCCAAGCUGACCGGAGUGGUUCCCGCUCGCACCGUGGACUAGUAUGCUCUGCGCUCAGGCCAAAGCCAUGUCUAAUGUAACGAGAUGGCUUUGGAGCCAAGCUACAAUGUCAAAGUGAGGGAAGGGAAGCUUCACUUCGUCAAGACCACAGCCCUGGCUAAUGGGGGGUGCUUUGCUGCGAUCUUGUGGCAUCUGAGGGAACCAUUAUAAAGUUUUGUGGGCGUUACUUUAAAAAAAAAAUAUGACGGGGCUAAGUCCCAAUUUUUUGUGAACAUGAUCAUGGUGGAGAGCGCCGAUGGUUGUUCGUCUCUACGUGCCCUGCGAUUGGCUGGCAACCGGUUCAGGGUGUCCCCCGCCUACUGCCCGAAUGCAGCUGGGAUAGGCUCCAGCACCCCCCUCGACCCUUGUAAGGAUAAAGCGGUUCAGAAAAUGAAUGUCGCUCGUAGUACCGGUUGCACUUGGUUUAGCCUCAUGAACAUGAAAUGUGAACAAGGAGCAUCCUCGUACAAACCGCUAAUUUAAUCUAAAGUGAACUUAACAUUCCUGAAUUUGCAAUGCGAAAGGCAAAUUCGGCACACGACUGUGAGGCAGACGGGCUGUCACAGGCUGGUGACGCUGACCGUCGUCACCUGGCAUGAACAUUCAACCGCAUUUGAAGGUGCUGCAGAUUUCAAACGCUCGGUAAGCUCACCAACGGAAAUACAAGCAGCUCCAAAAUGUAACAGUGACUGGAGUCUCCGCAUACUUCACUUGUAGCGUAUUCUUUUUCUUCCAUGGCUAAACGCUCAUCGUUGAGACUGCUCCCUCUUAUAUGGAAGUGUUCCAAAGAAAAAGCAAAAGGCUUGUGUGACACCGUGCACGAUGGCCGUUCAAAUGUUGAAGGAUUAUCUUUGCAAAGACUAAACUAUUGAUCCAGGUGUUGGUUCUUGUGAAAAUGUGUACCUCGUGUUGUGACUGCUUUCCGGAGACUAAAACCAAAAAAAAGUAUAUUCUUACGUCGGGUACCGUACAUGUAAUGCCUCAUGUCUCCGCCAUAGAUGCACAUAAACUAGAUCCGAUUGUAAAUUGAUCUUGUAGAGUUUAGAGGAAGCAAAAACACUGGAAAUGACUUUGUCACGCAUCGAGCUUAAGAACAUUUUUGUCUUAUUUUUAUUAUUUGUCCACCAAAGGUCAGUAGGCGUAAAUGCUCCCCAUUGAAACAUCUGUCGGGCACUGAUGUUACUUAUUUGUAUCUGUGAAUUGAUUUUUUUUUUAAAUAAUAAAUUCCGGAUCUUAAGGUCCAUGUAGUACAGGUGUCACCAACAUUUUUGAGGGUGAGGGCAACUUCAUGUGUGCCGAUUGUGUGAAGGGCUACCAAAUUGAUACACGUCUGAAAUAACAUAUUUGUCCAAAAUACCUUCAAUAAUAUGAGGAUGUGUUAUUUUUAAUACUUGAUGAUUUAAAUUGUCAGACUUUGAUCGUGUUUCGAAAUGUCUCACAGUACUGCCAAUGUUUGCAUUUUUAAAUCAUAAUUUCUACUAGCAAAUCACAAUGUCCAGGCACUGGCGGGCUACUCAAGUGGUCUUCACGGGCUACCUGGUGCCCGCGGGCACCAUGUUGGUGACCACUGAUGUAGUAUUACACUGUUCUCACAAAGACAAUUCAGUGCACUAGCAGAAUAACUGUCUUACGAGUAACCCCCCCCCCCCCCCCCCACUGCUGGUGCCACUUGUGGCCUGUGGGACAUUUCUGUGACAUGUAAGACUGUAGUCCUCAACUUUUUACACCAUGUAUCACACCCCCAAAAAUACUGAGGAAAAAACAAAUUUAACAUUUGAGAAAAAAACUUAAAUUUACAAGAAUGAAGGAGUAAUGUGAGGGAAGUCGGCAUUCCGCAUUUUCCACGUUUGAGAAUUGUAAUGAGAAGGAAAAUGUCAUUGUGCACUCUGAAAGUUGUCAUU